UUUGGAUUCCUCUGUUGAAGCAACACCCUAGUUGAAAUUUACCUUAAGCCUUAAGCCAAAAAAAAAAAAAAAAAAAAGUUUCAAAUUUGUCUUCAUCUUUGAUCACAUGGCUUCACUAAUUUCUACCCUCUGUAUGUUCAUCAUCAUCAAUAUAAGUUUUACCUCAGUUGUUGGUGAAGUGAUCUUUGAAAAUGGUUACUCAGUCAGCACAGUGAUUGAUGGCCACAAGCUUAAUAUUAACCCUCACUCAAUCAUCCCUGUAUCUGGUGGUGAUACCAAUCUCAUCAUUCUUGAUACUUCUGCCAGUACUUUUUACACUUUAUCAUACAACAAAGGCUCAGAUUUUUCUAUUACGAAGUUAACUGGUAGUGGCAUUGGCUAUGUGGAUGGUUCUCUGGAUGAAGCUAAGUUCUACAAUCCGAAAAGCUUUGCUGCUGAUUCAAAAGGGAAUAUUUAUGUUGCUGAUAUUAAGAACAAGCAUGCAAUUAGAAAGAUUAGCAAGUCAGGUGUUACUACAAUAGCAGGAGGUUAUUCACCAACAGCAGGCCGUGCUGAUGGACCUGGAUUAAAUGCCACAUUCUCAGAAAAUUAUGAGCUUUCUUUUAUUCCUGAAAGAUGCACUUUAAUGAUCUCAGACCUUGGCAAUAGUUUAGUCCGUGAAAUAAAGCUCAAGGCCGAGGAUUGUUCAAGAGAUUCUCAUUCUGAUCUAAGAGCGGUUUCUACAUGGCUCUUAACUGUGGGGCUUCCCUGCUUGGUCUGCCUGAUUCUUGGGUUUGUCAUUCGUCCUUAUGUUAUCCCAAAUGUAAGUAUCAAUGGUGGUUGGUUUUGAGUUCUGGUGAUAUAUGACAACUGCUCACAUAGUCUAAUGGAACUUUUUAGACAGGAUCACCACAGCAAUCGUCUUCAACACAGCAUGACAUGGAAGCACUUCCUAAUCAGUCUGGAGAGACAAGUUCUGAUGUUCUGCUUCGGCAUCAGAAACGUAGUUGUUGAUUCAAAUAUCUAUUCGCUUUUAAGGAAGCUCGUAUUGCUUAGCUUCUCCCAUCUGCGUCUAAUGUUUAGUCCUAAAGUAGUAGUAUGCCAGACUUCUCGUAGACAACCAGCACCUCUUUUAAAUUUUGAUGACUGUGAAAUCAAAGAAUUAGCAAACUCGCCGGUGGUAGCUAACAGUUUAGAGGAUUUGAUAACUUUUGAUGGAAGUUUAGAAAACUCUGAGCUGACUACUAGUCAAGAUGACGUGGUGAAGGAAAGUACCGAUGUUUCUGUUGUAGAUAGCAUGAUAUUAGCUAAUAUAAAAGGGUUUGCAGAGCAAGGGAAUGCUUCUUCAGGGCUUGAAGUUUCACAUAGCAUUUUGAGCUUAGUUAAUCAAAAAAAGAAAAUAGUAUAGUGAAGUCUAGUAGUAUUAAUGUAUUGUUAACUUUUGCAAAUGUUUUGAAAGCAGUAAGUCUAUCUGCUAUCACUUUCAUGUACAUAUUAGGACAAGCAAAUGACAGCUCCUUUUGAGUUAACUAUUUCUAUUGUGUUUCUUGUUUGAAUGAAGUGGUACCUCCUGUGGAAAAA